AUGCCAAGAAAUAAUCUACACUCAAAAACCCCUCAUUCAAGCAAAGAAAAAUAUAGAUUAAUCUCAGAAAGUAGAAUUAGAAAGAAGGAAAAUGGAGAACCCAAAACAGAAAACGGGGAGAGACAGAGACAGAGACGGAUACAGCAGAGACAGACACAACAGACCAUAUUCCAGUUGGGUGAUGAAUUACGAGAUUUAAAGACUAAAAUGCCCUCUAAUCAACCCUUUUUUCGUGAUUAUGCUACUAAAAGCCCUUCUGCUUAUGAUGAAGAAGUUUUCAAGGCCUUGGAUUUUGUUAUAAGUGAAGCAAAGAAGUACAAGAUAAGGUUCAUAUUAUCCUUAGUUAAUAACUGGGAAGCAUAUGGUGGCAAAUCUCAAUAUGUCAAAUGGGGUAAAGCUGCCGGCCUCAAUUUGACUUCUGAUGAUGAUUUUUUCUCACAUCCAACUCUCAGAAACUACUACAAAGCCCAUGUUAAGACGUUGCUAAACAGAGCCAAUACUAUCACAAACAUAACUUACAAGGAUGAUCCUACUAUUUUCGCUUGGGAACUGAUGAAUGAGCCACGGUGUGAAUCAGAUCCCUCUGGAAAUAAGCUGCAGGAAUGGAUAGAAGAAAUGGCUGUAUAUGUGAAAAGUGUUGAUCCAAAGCACUUGGUCGAGAUUGGAUUGGAAGGUUUCUAUGGUCUUUCUACACCUAACAGGUUUCAGUUUAACCCAAAUACCUAUGCUCAACAAGUUGGGACCGACUUUAUCAGGAAUCAUCAAGUUCUUGGGGUUGAUUUUGCUUCUGUUCACAUCUAUCCAGACUCUUGGAUUUCGCAAACAAUUUCGGAUGUUCAUAUAGAAUUCACCAAGUCAUGGAUACAAUCUCAUAUCGAAGAUGCUGAGAAUUCUCUCGGAAUGCCUGUUGUGUUUGCCGAGUUUGGUGUUUCAGCAAAAGAUCCUGGCUAUAAUUCAACAUACCGGGAUACCUUCUUGAGCAAUGUGUACAAGAUCCUUUUGAACUCGACUAGGAAAGGAGGCGGUGGAGGUGGUUGCCUUCUGUGGCAGUUGUUUCCUGAAGGAACAGAUUACAUGGACGAUGGGUAUGCAGUUAUUCUUUCAAAGUCUCCUUCAACAUCAGACAUCAUUUCUCUUCAAUCAACUAGGUUAACUACCUUCAAUUCCUUGUGCUCUUGGAAGUGCCAAUGGGGUUGCAAGAAAAAGCAUGCCUUGGAGACUUUCCUCUAUCACGAUGAGCUCUAAGUUUCUUUGCUUCUCUUCUACUAAAUGAAGAAUCGAUGUCAUAUGUUCCAGCAUUUCUAGUUCAGUAUCAUGCAUAGCUAUGUCCAAAAGCACGGGUGUUGAAUGGAAAAUCUGAUAUUAAUGCUUACCCAAUAUACAAUUUGAAAGAGUAGUGCUGUUUUAGAUUUUUCCAAUAUUAUGACAAUCCACAAAUUCAGUUCCAA